GUUCGACACAAAAAAGAAUGCAUUCCCCAAGACCAGUGCCCUUGUUACCAUAACAACCGUCCCUAUGCCUCAGGACAGAGCAUUAAUGUGGACUGCAACACCUGUGUUUGUGAGAAGCGUCAGUGGAAGUGUACGCAGCGUGUGUGUGACGGUGUGUGUCGUGUGAUAGGAGAGACACACUACAUCAGCUUUGAUGGACUCAAGUUCUCGUUUCCUGGACCUUGCCAAUACGUGCUAGCUCAGGAUUACUGUAACGGGGUGGACGGCACGUUUAGGGUUCUGGUGGAGAACUCUGCUUGUGGGAUCGCAGGCUACCGCUGCAGUAAAAGCAUCACAGUGUUGUACAUGGGAGGACUGAUUGUCAUGGAACACAACGAG